UUUUCAUGGUUCAGCAUGAUAUGGAGAAUAUUUAUAUGUGGGUUUUCAAGGAAAGGCCCGAGAAUGUGCUUGGUAAGAUGCAACUGAGGAGUUACAUGAAUGGUCAUUCUCGGCAAGGAGAGCGUCCUUUUCCAUUUAGUGUCGAUAAGGGUUUUGUUCGAUCUCAUAGGAUGCAACGGAAGCAUUAUAGGGGUCUCUCGAAUCCUCAAUGUGUUCAUGGGAUUGAAGUUGUUCUCUCCCCUGAUCUCAUGGGGCUUGAUGAAGAUGAGCGGAAAAGGUGGGUGGAACUCACAGGGAGGGAUUUGAACUUUACUAUCCCACCUGAAGCUUACAAUUUCAGUUCAUGGAGGAAUCUCCCAAACACUGAUUUCGAGCUUGAAAGGCCACCUCCUCCAAUAAAGAGUAACCCAAAUCCAAAUCCGAAGAAAUUGCUUAAUGGGUCUGGUUUGAAUUUGUCAACUCAGCCAUCGAACCUCAGUAAUGGCGAUCCAAUGGACCUAUCACCUGUCAGCAAGAGGCAUAAGGACCUUUUCCAACAUGGGAACGAUGACGAAUGUUAUUUGGCUGUUAAUCCUCCUCCUGAUCGUGGUCCGGACAUUGAAAUUCACCCUCAUGAGCCACACUGGUUGAAUGACUUCAGUGGGGUGAUGAGGAAUGUUUAUGGGCCUGUCACAGCUGCAAAAACAAUCUACGAAGAUGAAGAGGGUUAUUUGAUCAUCAUAAGCUUGCCCUUUGUGGAUCUUCAAAGGGUGAAAGUUUCUUGGCGGAACACCCUCACUCACGGGAUCAUCAAAGUUUCUUGUUUGAGCACUUCUCGAAUGCCAUACAUCAAGAGACACGACAGGACUUUCAAGCUUACAGAUCCAUCUUCAGAGCACUGUCCUCCGGGUGAAUUCGUUAGGGAGAUCCCACUUUCAACCCGAAUCCCCGAAGAUGCUCAUAUAGAAGCGUAUUAUGAUGGACCAGGAACGGUGCUAGAGAUUAUGGUGCCGAAACUCCGCGUGGGCCCAGAAGAACACGAGGUUCGUGUUUGCCUUCGCCCUCAUCUGGGGACCAAUGAUCUUAUGUUGACCUGACCAGGGCAUAUGUGUAGGGGUAUUUGAUAUGGGUGGUGCUUCAUUGGUUUUACUAACUUUGUACCAUACAGUGUAAUCUAUUGGACAAAAUGUGCAUCUUACAUUUUGCCAUUUUUAAUAUUAGGUCACUAAUUGCUAUGGCUUUUGUUAACCAUGCAUUUGGUUGGCUUUUGAUUGUAUUCACUUUUUUAGUGGUAUUAUAUAUUUGAAUUGCUUGUUCAAAUCUGUUUUUAUUCUA